CAGGUAGGUGGGGGGAGAGGCGACAGCGGGUAGCGCGUGUAUUCGCCGGGGGAAGGCCCCGCCUGCGCGCCCCGCCCGCCACCGCGCCGCGCGGCUCAGUUCGCGCUCGUCGCCACGCUACCCGCUCGUAACGGCUUCGCACCGCUUCUUACAAAACAUACGCGAAAAAAAUGUGUGUUCCUUAUUUAAAAAAUAGUGCGUAGCGGACGUUAUUUCGAAUUAAACGCAAAAAUGUUGACGUGAUUUAAUUUGUAAUUAGAAUCUUAUUGGACUUUCCUUCAGUGGACAAUGAUUUUAAAACGGAGACAGUCGAGUGGAAUGACGGUUUGCAUUGAGUGUUGAUGGAUGUGGAGACGGAGGGCUGGUCGCGGGCCAGGAUGGUCGCGGAGGAGAGCAAGGCCCGCGCCACGGACUUCAGCAUCGCGGCCAUCAUGGCCCGCGGGGAGCCGCGCAGCCCCGUCGCCGUUUCGCCGACGCGCACUGGUUCAGUGUCGCGACAGAGUUCUCCCGCGUCGCUUUGCUCGCCAGCAUCCAGCUGUCGGUCACCCGCGCCCGACGAGGACGUGGAAGUCGACGUGGAGCAGUGUUCUGACGGAGAGGACGGCUCUGACCACGCUGCGCCUUCCCCAGCACCAUCCUCAGAGCUAGGGGAGCGCGACACGCCGUCCCCUGCGCGGCCCACGCCGCCGGCCACCUCCUGCAGCUGCGAGGAGUUGCUCACGGUGGACUGCCAGCUCGAGACCAAGGAGCUCUGUGACAAGUUCCACGACCUCGGCACCGAGGUGAUCAUCACCAAGACUGGGAGACGUAUGUUCCCGACGGUGCGCGUGUCGUUCGCGGGUUGCCGCGCGGAGGCGCGGUACGCGGUGCUGCUGGACGUGGUGCCGGUGGACGGCAAGCGGUACCGGUACGCGUACCACCGCUCCUCGUGGCUGGUGGCGGGCAAGGCGGACCCGCCCGCGCCCGCGCGCCUCUACCCGCACCCCGACUCGCCCUUCUCCGGCGACCAGCUGCGCAAGCAGGUCGUCUCCUUCGAGAAGGUCAAGCUCACCAACAACGAGAUGGAUAAGAAUGGACAGAUCGUCCUAAACUCGAUGCACCGGUACCAGCCCCGCAUCCACCUCGUGAAGGUCCGCGACGGCGGCGGCCCCAUCACGGACCUGGCGCGCGAGCAGCACCGCACCUUCGUCUUCCCCGAGACCGUGUUCACCGCCGUCACGGCAUACCAGAACCAGCUCAUCACCAAGCUCAAGAUCGACUCCAAUCCCUUCGCGAAAGGCUUCAGGGACUCUUCGAGGCUCACGGACUUUGAUAGAGAUCCGAUGGAGCUGAUGCUGAUGGAGCAGCAGCUGCUCCGGUCGCCGCUGCGGCUGUACGCGGGCGGCGGCGGCGCGGGCGCGGGCGGCGCGCUGGCCGACGACGAGGCGGAGAAGCGCGCGGCGUGGGCGCGCACGCCGCCCGCGCUGCAGCUGCUGGCGCUGGGCGGCCGCGGCUGGCCCGCCGCGUGGCCGCAGCCGCUGGCGCUGCCGCCCGACCUCUGGAUGCAGAAGCCCCCCGCCCCGCUCCGCUACUGCCCCUACCCUCCCCCGGCGCACGCGGCGCCCUCCGUGCGCCCCGACCACGCGCCCUCCCCGCGGCAUCCCCUGUGAAUCUUCCGACUUUACUGAGACAUUCCAAAAGACGAUCUGCGAUGUGCGAGUAGACUAAAGACUAUCGAAAAUGUGCUGUGAGGACUUGUAUAAACACUUGAUAUCUACACGUAGUACCUACUUAAUAGUGAUUUAUAGUUAUGAGUAUCAGAGUAUCGUUAAGAAAGUAAUUACAUGGUUCCUACCGGAAAAGAUUUAACUUGUAUUGUUAAUAUAGAUCAGAUUUUAACAUUAGUUACCUGAUAGGUAUCCGGUUAUCGUAUUAUUUAACUUGAGGAUAGUCUUUCGAAUUAUCUAUGUUUUGUUAUUUCUUCUAACCCCUCGAAUCACCACGGAGUAGGAAUCGGGUUAACAAAGAGCCUCAAAGAUAAAUUUAAUUUUAUAAAAGUUGUAGGUCGUUCUAUGGCUGGCCGAUAUAGAGCCCGUGGCAUUCGAGAGCUUAGCUAAAAAUAAACUCAUCACGAAAACUUUGAACCAAAGAGCAUUAUGAUUUGAAUGCAAUUUUGUAAACAAUAAAAUAACUAUUUGUAGAACUAGCGACUAGACUCCUCAUUAUUACCUAUGGAAAUUAUGAAGAAGUUAUAUAACAUUCCAAUAAGAUUUUAGCAUAAUAUUUAGAAGUCAACGGGCUUGAUAAUAUCAUAACUUCACUGUAUGGAAUAUGUAAAAGCGAAUAUAUGUUUCAACAUGUGGAGCAGAUAUGAUUAAACGAAACAGUCAUGGCAUGACCAUAUGAGUUUCUUGAAAUGUUGGUGUAAGUGAAUUAAUUAAUGUAAUAAUGUAUGCCAUCACACAAUCAUGAUUUUGUAAUGGAUUACUUGAUAACUGUUCAGACAGUUAAUAUUAUUUUCACAUUGCUUCUGUAGUAAGUAUCUACAGUGGUCGUAAUCUGCAAAUAGGUACAGUCGCCAUCAGAAAUACCGGAGCGGCCAAGGCGCUCACAAAUAUGUAAACACGCCUUUAUUGUCAAGGCCGUUGAUUCAUAAUUAUUUGACCACCUCGGGCGCUCCGAUAUAUGUGAUGGCGACUGUACCACGUCUUCGUUAAAUAUGAUGUACCUACAUAUAUCUUUUUGCCACAACAGCACUAUUAUUCUGUUUGGAAUAACGGAUAACACAGGAUAUACUUACUCCUUGGUCAGUGACAAAAUAUUAUAGCUAUCAUGUUCACAUUUGAAUUGCUUGCAACCAGGGCCCAGUUUUAUAUAAAAUGUUAGUCAGUUUUUAAAGUUAUUACAUUUUUUAGUCCUAAUAGUUAUUUUGUGCUUCUAUUUUAUAUGGAGCUAAAACGACUAAUUAAUCUUUAUGUGAUAAACUAUACUGAUAAUCAACAAUUUCCUUACGAAAUAUAAUUCACUUACAUCGACCCUAUUGUGUAUUCGUAUGUAAAAUAUAGAAGAUAAUGUAGGUAUUUAUAUUCCAUUAGUAUUGUACCGAAGAUGUAUGUAUUGUAUAGCGAUUGAUUAAAUUAUUUUUGUAGGAUAAGCACUGUACAUAUGAAGAUCACUUAGAUGUUUGUAUUAAUAAGAAGUUAUGGAAGCGUUUUAGUGGGAACUGCGCCGCUCACAUUGUACGGGCACCUAGAAUUAAUGCCAACUAUUAAUGAUCAUUGAUUUCCUACCAGAGUGCAGAGUAGGUACCUUUAUAUUAUCUGAAGAGAUGUUGCGUACCUAAUUUACUAAUUUGGUUGCAAUAUACAUAGAAGGUGCAUAUUAUUCUUAUUAUAUUAAACUAAAGUGUUAUAUAACCUCCGAAGGCCCAGCCAUAAAAGGACAAAAAAUCCAAAAAAAAAUACAAUGAAAUAUGAAUCUACAGAGUAAAAAAAACCGGGUUCGUUAUGUAAAAAUUGAAAGAAACAAAACAAAUACAAAGAACUCUGUUCCUAUUGAAAAUGAUUUAAAUUUAAUUGAACUUAAUAAGUACUCUAGGUAGGUCUGUGCGCCAUAGGAGGCAAUGAAUUUAUGUAUUCGUUGGAGACACGAUCGUAAACCGUGUACCGAGGCCGUCACAUAAAAUUCUUGAUUCUUGAACUGUACUUAAAUAUUGAGCAAUGUCAACAGAAAAGUAUAGUAUAGACAGUAGGUACUUAUAGGUUACACGAUUACAAGUUUCUAUUUUAUUCAUUAACAUGGCCGUUCUAUCCUUUAUAUAAAUCAAACCAACAAAACUGUUCUACUGAACUGAUUCAGAACGAGGUCAUAGACUUUUAGUACCUACGUAUUAUCCAUAUCGAUUAUUAUAACAACUCUAAAUUGCAACCAAAUUCGGUCACUGGUAAUUCAAGUGUAAAAUAUUUAUAUUAAAUUAUUUAUUUAACGAAAGUUUUGUACGAAACACAAAUUUUAACUAGAAUAUUCUAAUAUUGUCCAAAAUACGAGUCUAUUAAACAUGGCUGAAAUCUGUUUUCCUACACCAGAAUCAUAACUACUAUACAAUCUAGUAAUAUUGUAAAAAAAAUUUUUCUCUGUGUAAAGUUUCUUAUUCGUAAAUACAAAUAUUUAACAUGUUGAGUUCAUUGUAGGUGAUCAAUGCGGUUUGAUUUUGAUUUCAAUAAUUGAAAUAGAACAGGUGGGAGGGAGCUCUAAUACUAUUUUGGGUAGAAGAAAAACGUGAGUUAUUCUAGUCCAAACCCCAUUUCAGAUCCUCUUUAUAAAAAUCCAAAACAAGCCAAAUUUUACUAUCUUUCUACAAAUUGGAUUUUAAACAAAUAAAUUCGUAGGUAUAAUUUUAUUAUAACGAAAACAUGACCAGAUUUAAAGUCUUGAUCCGGACUAAAAAAAUCCACAAUAUCUACAUCUAUUUUACAAUACUUUAAAACCCAAAUAAGGGGAAUUUCAAUUACGAUUCAUAUUUCUGUCCUCGUGGGUCCGGUCAAAUAAAUUCAAUCAUGAACUAAGUAGGUACUGGUACUGUAACAGCUCGUAAGAAAAAUAUUUUAUAUUCCUAAAAAAAUCCACCCUACAAAUGUAUUAGUAUUAAGCAGGUAACGAAAGUCUUAUCAAUAUUAUUUCUGGAAUAUUUGGAUGACUAUUUCUGAAUAUUAGCGGCAUACCGACCGCAAGCCGCAAUACCAUAUUGUGGUUUAUGUUGAAUUUGAAACCAUUGUAAUAGAUUGGCAUCUACAUAAAACACUAUGUCACAAAGAUAGACGUUAGAGAACUUCUGGAUAUCGUUAGAUCAGGUAUUUUAGUACCUACUUAAUCUAGUAAAAACAAUAGCUAGGUUUUCCCUAUAUUUAUGGCGCCAUAAUAACUAUGAAACCUAAACCUGCAUAAUACAAUCGGUGUUGCAAAACACAUUAAAUACAAUGUAGCUAUGAAUACGAGUUGAUAUCGUAACAUUUUUAUUGAUGUGACAUUUAGAGGCAUACUUAAUACAUUUCCGAAGCUUUUAUAGAUGAUAUAAAUUGUGAUCGAAAUUGAGACUUUAUGCACUUGAUGUAAAGUACUUAUUGCUAUGCAGCUAAAUUUGUUGUGAACUUGUCAAAGUAAACUUAACCUCUCGUGUGCCGGAUUAUUAUUUUUCAAAUAAGUAGUAUUCUCGUACGCGGAUCCGCGUUUCGGCUUAUAUCGUGUGGUAGGCAGUUGGUAAAAUAAUUGGUCAUUUUAAUGAUUAUAAGGUUAAAUCUCUACUUAUAAUUCUUAUGAGUAAUCACAGACAUGUACAGAGGAAGAAAAAGUAUUUAUUCGAUCGUGAUAGGAAUUAUAAUCAUUAAUAAAACCCUAAAUACAUAAUUAGAUAAACUACCCAGCUUCUAAAAUAAUACUAUUUUUGAGGCUGACUGUUAAUUUUUAUUUAUACUUCAAUAAAAUUACCAAUAGAUUCCGUUUGCUGAUUGAAGUUGUGAUUCUAUAUGAAUAGUUUAGAGCAAUUGACACAUUCGUCAAUAUUAACGAAACUAGUAAAUUUCUUACUUUAGCGACAAAUAAGCCUAAGGUCUCUUUUUAUUAUACUAACGACACCAAAAAAGGUGCACUGAAUGUGAGCGCGCAAGGUGGCGACAUAUCAGGGCUCGGCCCUAUAAUGUGCUAAUAAACUGAAACUAAUUCCA